AUGAUGUGGUUGGGAUUUGGGGCCGCGUGCCUGGGACUUGAGGUACCCCGGGGUCCACGAGAUGGUAUCUUACGACUUGUGAUACCGCUGACCAGGGUAACAUUCCCGGGGAAUCGUGAUGCUGGCGCCAGGGGGCAGGAAACAAUGAGCAGCACCGAUGUGGCACGAGCCGCUGUGAGCGAAGCGAUGAAUAGGCUUCUGAUGUGUGCGAUGUCGGAGAAGAAAUGUUCCAAGGCAUUCACCGCUAUAACCAAAAAACGUGUUCGUUUCGUAUAA